AAAAAACACGCAUAAGAAUUCCUCAAAACACAGAGCUUAAUUAUUAAAAAAAAAAAAAAAAAGUACUCCAACAACCUUGAGUUUGUAAGGCCCACAGAGGUCUUCUCAUCUGUGCUGGGAAGGAAUGCUGUGCUAUUUGCCGUGAUUCCUUAUGGACUGAACAUCCGAGUUUGGGAAGACUUGUGGUUCUUCAGCUGUUGUGGCUUCUUUUCUUUAACAGUUUUUGUACCAAGGUAUAAAUCACUUGGGUAGCUGCUGAGCACCAGAUGAUGCUUACAGAGCGUUAUGUAACAACGUGGGUUUUUUCUGGCUCUGACUCCACCUUGCAUUUGUGAGCACGGCUAACUUUUAAUACUACUUCAAUGCAAUAGUCCUGUUGAUUCCUAGAGAGGCUGCUUGUAUGUUGGAACCUUCUGCUGUCUUAGAAUCCUGGUGAAGGCUCACAGCGAGAAAAGCUAGUAGGAGGGGGAGAUGGGAGGUGGUGGGGAGUGAGAAGAUUGUCCUUUGCAAAAGAGAUUCCUUGUAAGCAGAAGUGAGCAGGUAGUUUACGUUUGUAGCCUGCACUGCCGCAGGGCUGACAGGAGUCUGCUGUGUUAGAGAGUGGUGGUUGUCUGCAGGCUUGUGCAGCACAUUGCACAGUUGUGUUUUGUUUUAGCUGCUGAAUCUGAGACUCUGUGAGAAAAAUAGACGGCUUUUGAUAAUCUCAGGUUCUGGUUCAGGUAUUGUUUUCAAAGGUGUGCUGUGUCUGUUCAGUUCUAGUCUGAAGUCUGAUGGAUUGAUAAGCAUUGCAGGCGGUGUUGGUGGUACAGGACAAUUAGGUGCUCAGAAUGUCUCAUCACUUCUACGUUAUAACUACUUAAAAAUAACACUGUCAUUUCAAUAAGACAUUCCGAUGCAGGCGUUAUGGUUUGCUUUUAAUCCUAGAUAUGGUAAGAACACUUUUCUGUCAGUGCUGUGCCUGACAAACCAGCCCUGAAUUAGGAGAUCGUAAUUCACGCUCUGUCAUUUCUUAUUGCUUGAGGAGUUCAUGUACAGUAAUCUGUUUUUUCCUCUUUGUGGACUCUGAGCGCCAGGGUAAGAAAAUGCAAGUGGGUGAAGCUCCAACCAAACAGCUGAAGUAAUCUCUGCUCGUUUCAGUUGGUGUAAGGGCUUGUUCCGGGUUUUUGUUUAGCAUGUGCAUCCUGUGCUGUUUAUCUGAGGCAGUACUGUUAAAAAAGCUGUUUCUUCCUGUGCUUUUUGGGAAGAAUGUUUCAGUGUCCAUGUGUGUGAGAAACGUUUGUUUCCUUUUGUAGUGGAAAGCAAUACUCCUGCAGACUGUAAAGUUGCCAGCUCUAAAUGUCAUAAGGAUGUUUUAAAGUAAUAGAUGUAUAUGUUGACUGGAGAAGAAAAAUAAUGAUUGGAUUAGUAACCAGGGAUGUGCAGCUCUGUGCGCUGUCGCAGAAUUGCAGGGUGGUUGAGGUGGGAAGGGACCUCUGGGUCCUGCUGGUCCAACCCUUACCCAAGCAGGGGUACACAGAGCAGGGUGCCCAGGGCCAUAUCCAUGGCAAAACACUCCGAGCCCCUGUGUGUCAUCUUCGUUUGUGCAUUUACAAAUACUCUAAUAGAAAAGAGCUUUAAGUGAUAUUUUUUUAAUACUUGCCCUAAAUGGUUUGGACAUUCUUUUUACUGUGGCAAUGCAUGGCUUUCCUCAAAUAUCAAAUUUCUUGCUUCUCAGGUUUUGUUUUCAAAUGGCAGAUGCAUACUGUGAACAUUCAAAACUUUGUCAUUUGGCCAAUAGUUUGGGAUCUCCUGCUUGCUUUUUCCUGACAGGUUCGUUGUGGGAUGGCUAUAAGAAACCUUUUAUUUUUUUUUUCUUCAUUUCCUUGCACCAUGAGAACUAAGAGAUGAGCUGCUGAAGAGUUUUUCAAUGAAUGUCUCUGUUCUUAAAAUAGAACCUGUCAGAAUGGUAAAAGUACGUGGGGAUGAGUGCAGACUCCAUUGGUUUGAGGAUUUUGGAUUCUUCUGAAAGAAGUCAUUACAUAUAAAUUCAGUAGAUCACAUCUUUGGAUCUGAUUCUCUCCUGGUCUUUCCCUAUUCAAUGUGGGGCUGCUUGAAGGAUUGCCUGGAGUAGUCUUCCAUCAAGUAGUCUGCCAUCAAGAAGUAAUUAUUAAUUUGGAAAACGAUAAUUUGACAAAGCUUGGGGGAAGGGAGUUGCACAGCAGGGCACUUGAGUAUGCAUUCUGUAUCCAAAUAUUCUGUGUAAGUAGGCAGUAUGCAAGCUAAUGUGAAUAACAGAUAAGGAAAUUAAAUUUGCUAACUAUUAUUUUUAAUGUCAAGAACAAAAGGAGGAAAUGGAUGUUACCUUCUUAUACUUGCUUCCUCAAAAUGUAGCUCUGAACUGCAAUAAAAUCUGCAUGCUGACAGCUAGGUGGGCAGGAUUCAUUCACAACAGGCAAGAAAAUGUAGUGCUUUAUCAACCCCCAUCCUCUUCACCAGCAGCAGCUGCUGAGGGUCUUGUCUUUAGCAUGGCUGGCUGAAAUGGCUGUGACAAGCUAACGUUAGAAGUCUGUUGGCUUCUUUAUUUCUGUUUUCUCUGCAGCAACCCAUAAAACCCCCAGCAGUGAGUAGGAUGCUCCCAGAGUUGCCUAACAAGUUGAACGUGUAAACACAGCCCAUGCUACUUCAACCUGCUUGUCUCUGAACAGCUGACAGUAGCACCUAGAUCCAGGUGGUGAUGGGACUGUUCCUGCUGCUCUGCUCACUUAGGUGUCUUGUUUUGCUUCCAAGUGUUCCAACUACGUAACUCCUUUGUGGAGCCUUGUGGCUAGUGCUGCUGGUCAUGGUUCUGCUGCCUGGGCUGCUGGAGGUGACAGCGUUUCUGUGGUCCUGUGAAGGCUGCCAGUAGCCUCGUUAACUGAAAGGAAAAGAUCUCUCCAAAUGGCAGCAGAGCUGUGGAAUUUAUCCAUCUUUUGUUAGUCAUCAUCCUUGCAACAUUGAGAAAGAGCCUGUAUUGGAUAUUUUUGUGUUCGAGCCAAUUCAGGAUAUUCAUUGCUUGUUCUGAAGGUGUGUGGUGGUGGAUGGAUGUGUACCCUGAGCUCUUGCAGCACUAAUGAGAAGUGUGAGCACUCUGCCUUGUGCUGAGCAGCCAUUUCAAGUGAUUAUAUGCAGGUGUUUUGGAAAAGGAGAUCCCAUUUGGCCUUGAUGAAUGUAUGAAAACUGCUUAUUAUUUUGACCUUUUUUUUUUAAUAGGAAUUCCUUUAAGUUAGAGAAUCUUGCUUGUUAGUUUCUUAAGAGAAGCUACAGCUUUCACUUAAUUUUAUUUUCAGCCUUCAGUCAGUGUACAUACACUACUAAUUGGUUAUUUUUUAAGAAUAGGGCCAAUUUUCUAAAAGUAACUUCUAUCACACCGAUAAGAUCUCUUGUGUGGUAAAAUGUUUACUAUGAGAUGAGUAAUGAGUACCCAAAUUCUGCCAGCUUAUUAUGGAAGGGACGUUAGAUUGUUAAACAACAUCUUAAAAAUACUUCUUGUUAUAGCAUAUGUCAUUCCUAAUUGCUUUAGCUAUGUAGUUGUUCCAAAAAAACAUUGUAACUAGGCUACGGGUCUUUGUUUACCUGUGUGUAGUGGAAUAUUAACUUUUUCUUUUCAAUUUAAAGGAUGAAGGAGGUUAUGGGCUAUGCCAUUCUGUUUUUAUGAAGCUGUCUGGACUCCACGCAGGUGAUGGUCCUAUGAUUUGUUUGCUGUGUUUCCGUGCUAAGUGAUGUUUAAAGCACUGAGCCACAGAAAUGGGAAUUUUGGCCCACGCAUCUCAGCCUUCUGGAAGGAGGAGGCAACAAUGUGUUCUGGGCAUCACCCCACAAAGCAGCACCUCCUGCCUGCCAGCACCCACAGGCUGUCUCCACUGGGCAGAAGGAGCUUCUGUGGCUCUGCUCAGCAUCAGAUAACAGUCAGCGAUUUCGUGAAACCUGCUUUGCUUUUGCACUGACGCCACAGCAAGUGCAGCAGAUCAGCAGUUCAAUGGAUAUUUCUGGGACCAAAUGCGACUUCACAGUACAGGUCCAGCUAAGGUUUUGUUUAUCAGAAACCAGUUGUCCACAAGAAGAUCACUUCCCACCCAAUCUGUGUGUGAAAGUAAAUGGGAAACCAUGCAGCCUUCCAGGCUAUCUUCCACCAACCAAAAAUGGUGUUGAACCAAAGCGACCUAGCAGACCAAUCAACAUUACCUCACUCGUCAGAUUGUCUACGACGGUACCAAACACAAUUGUUGUUUCGUGGACUGCAGAAAUUGGAAGAAACUAUUCCAUGGCGGUCUAUCUCGUAAAGCAGCUGUCCUCUACGGUGCUACUGCAGAGGUUACGAGCAAAAGGAAUACGGAACCCCGAUCACUCGAGAGCAUUAAUCAAAGAGAAACUGACUGCAGAUCCAGACAGUGAAAUAGCAACAACAAGCUUAAGAGUUUCUCUUCUUUGUCCGCUUGGUAAAAUGCGGCUAACUAUACCGUGCAGGGCUCUGACCUGCUCACACCUGCAGUGUUUUGAUGCCACUUUAUACAUCCAGAUGAAUGAAAAGAAACCAACUUGGGUUUGCCCUGUCUGUGACAAGAAGGCACCCUAUGAACAUCUCAUUAUUGAUGGGUUGUUCAUGGAAAUCCUGAAGUAUUGUACAGACUGUGAUGAAAUUCAGUUUAAGGAGGAUGGCUCAUGGGCUCCUAUGAGAUCGAAGAAGGAGGUGCAGGAAGUAACCACAUCUUACAAUGGAGUUGAUGGAUGCAUAAGCUCUUCCUUAGAGCAUCAGGUGUCUUCUCACCAGCAAUCAAACAAAAAUAAGAAGGUAGAAGUGAUUGAUUUGACCAUUGAUAGCUCGUCAGAUGAAGAGGAGGAGGAACCCUCUGCGAAGAGAAGCUGUCCUUCCAUAUCUCCAGCAUCACCAAUGAAUAAUAAGGGUAUUUUGAAUUUACCCCAUCAAGCAUCUCCUGUGUCAAGAACACCAAGCCUUCCUGCUGUUGACACCAGUUACAUCAACACAUCACUUAUCCAAGACUACAGGCAUCCAUUCCAUAUGACACCUAUGCCUUAUGACUUGCAAGGUUUAGAUUUCUUCCCCUUCCUGUCAGGAGACAAUCAGCAUUACAACACAUCCCUUCUUGCCGCUGCAGCUGCGGCAGUUUCUGCAUCAGAUGAUCAAGAACUCUUACACUCUCGUUUUUUCCCAUACACUUCAUCUCAGAUGUUUCUCGAUCAGCUAAAUGCAGGAGGAAGCAGUUCUCUGCCAGCCACAAACGGUAGCAAUAGUGGCAGUAACAGCAGUCUUGUUUCCUCCAACAGCCUGCGAGAGAAUCAUGGUCAUCCAGUUGCAAGUAGGAGCGGCGCGGACACGGCGUCUAUCUUUGUCGUGAGUUCUGCCCGGUACCCGCAGAGCAGCCGCGUCCUGUCCGUCCCUUUUGUAAAGCGGAGCACCCAGAGACGUUUGCAGAGCUGAGCGAGGCAAUGUUCCCACUGACUGAACAGUGUACUGAAGAGGAGCUGAGGAGCAGCCCGCGUCCGUUUCCACCACGGUAUUAAAAUCUUUUUCAUUCACAUAUAAAACCGAUCGUGGCAAGCGUGGUAAGACAGGAUCUGGCAUCUUGCUGCCCGCGCUUGGAGAGUGAGGCCGCCUGGUGAUGUCUUCCACUCCUCCUGCGUUGCCCCGAAGGGAAGGAAGGCUGCUCAGUUUGCUGCUGCCAUCUCCAACCUCGUUGCUCUGCAAAGAAGGGAGAGAAAUGUUCCCGAAACUCUUUGCGGUGUGAAUCCCACAUGCUUUGAGUAUUCAUGUUUCACGCUGGGGUGUGCUGUAUAGUCGAUAAUCUCUGUGCCUCUGACCACAGUUAACGUGACUUGGUAGAAGUCUCAGUCUUUCUCAAAGUUCCCUGCAAAUGGAACUCCGAUCUCCCCCGUCAGGUUGCUGAUGAGAAGAGCUGCUGCAAAGUGCUGCAGUGCGUGCCUGCUGAUGUGGGGCAGCCGCGGUCCUUCGGUGGUGGUUCGUGACCCUGAGUUCCUGCAGGGAGGGAUGGGGGUGGGUGCUCCGUAUGGGGUCAGGGUGUGCACACAGCGUGGGCUGGACGUGGCUUUGGGUCCUGGUGAGCAUUACUGCUGCGUUGUAAGGGAAUAAACCACCACAUUGAACUCCAGUCUGCACUGUGCACUGAGAGCGUGUUGGUGCUGUCACCAUCACAGGUGUGGUAGCAGCUCCAGGCUGACCCAUUGCCCCCCGUGCAGGGUGCCUGAAUGGAUGCAGGGCUGAUGGGUGGCCAGGGAGCGGUCCCCAUACACAGCGCUGCGGGGAGAGCAGUGGGAUGAGAAUUCCUCGCUGCAGGUUCACAUUUCAGGGUUUUAAGCACAUUUUAAAUAUAUUCAGAAAGGGUUUUGUUUUGUCAGUGUAACUGUUUUGGUUUUUUUCCUUUCUUUUUUUAACAGAGCUUAGAUUUCUAACAAGGGAAAAUUGCUGGUGGUCCCCCAAAGUGCUGCUGUUAAUUGUUUUAAUUAACAAAGGGAAAAAAAAUGUAUAUAAGCAGAAUAUUAAAAUGACCAUUAACUCAGAUCUGUCAUUCAUUGCCUUAAAACUUUCUCAUAGUUUCCAUACGGCAUGCCAAACCAGUACAUGGCUUUUAAAGAUGUAUAGUAGACCAAUGUCAGUUUGUAUAAAAGUACCAAGUGAAAAUAUUUAUUAUAUGCAUUGGAAAAAAAACAAAUGGUUUACCUAUUGAAUGUUACCUGUUUAUGUAGAACUCUUUAGAUGUAAUAAAAAGCAUUCGGCUACAUUGUGUUUCCUACAGCCACACACAGCAGGGUGGGGGCUGGGGGGCUGGGGGUCUUCGGUGGCCCAGGACCCUGUGAGCAGGAAUGCUUUGCUGCUGUAGCAUGGAGUGAUUCAUGCUGGUGCCUUGCAGCUCCGACCGUGCUGCUUGGGUGGUGGAAGAGACGUGCUCGUGCUUUGCUUUCUAACCAGUUGUGUGCUGCUUGAGUUCCUGCCUGACUUCAGGGGUUGUGUGAUGGUGUUGGAGUAGUGCUGGGUGCCUUUGAGGGCCUAAAGGCAUUGCACUGACUGUUGCUGUGAGGGUUUCCCUGCUGGCUGUCACAUAAAUGGUUGCUGCAGAAUGAAUGAGAGGAGGGAGAGGCAGGAGGAGGCAGUGGGGACAUGCACAGAGCCCAGCCCUGCUUGGGCUUCAGGGCUGUGCUGUGUGCUGCCCUCAGUCCUCAGCUGUGCUGCCGUGCUACGGGUGGGAUGAAUACUGACUGCUCUGGAUCAUACCAGCUUUAAGCAGUCUAGAGAUGGGUUUUUUGCUUGGUUUUGUUUUUUUGUUUUUUUUUGCUAUUGUGGAAAGCUAGAUUUCCAUAGCCUGUUUUCCCUGCCAGACACCUCCAGGAGUGUGUUCAGCCCAGCCCAGUGCUCGGAGGCAGACCCAAGUGCUGCCUGAAUGCAGGGGCAACUGAAUGGCACUGAGAGCCGCCCCUGUGUGAUGCUGCACCUGAGCAGAGUGCAACGCUGCAGGGAUGUGGUGUGCUGCAGGAGGGGGGAAUGAGAACUGCCACGCUUUGAGGCUGGCAAUGUCCCCUGCAGCCAACAGGCAUCGUGCCCAGCGGAGGCUGCAUCCCUUCUAUGUGCAGCAGUGCUGUUGGCAGCAUCUGGCUGGGAGCUCUGCUGCUGGGUCAGGC